CGUGUCUCUGAUUUGACACGGCAGGUGUGAGGUGACGUCACCAUGGUGCUCAGGUAUCUCGUCUCGGUUCUGCUGAACAAGGCCCAGGUCGUAGAGAAACUGUCCGAGUCUUUCCCGGUCCGCAGCGCGGCGCGGCUCACCGCCCAGGCCGUGCUCAGGGCUCAGCAGGCCGGCAGAGACGCCACAGGGCGGGCACUGCGGUCCCGGACGCUCCGGCAGAUCCGACAGGAGGCAGCGGAGGCUCCGAGUGGAGGAGUGGGGGAGCUGAGCGGGAAAGCCCGGAGGAUCCGAGACUCCCUGCUGGAGGACGUGAGGGAAGGGGUUCAAGACGCGUCCCGACAGAUGAAACACAAGAAAAAAUGACCCAACUUACGUCACAUCCGCCACAGACUUUCAAAAUUAAAGCCUUAUUGAUGGACAAAAUGUAAAGCGAUUCCAGUUUAAAUAAAAAAGU